UUACGUCAUUAUAUCGUCAAAUUUCUGAAAAUUUCCAUAUGUUAUGUCUACAUCAUAAGAGAUGGGCCUCAAAAGCCAAUACCUCCCAUCCCAGAUUGACCGAAAAAGCCCGGUCUGAAUAAGGUUAAAUCUUAUAGCUCAGAUGCGCUGUACUACUAGAUACGACUUGAAAAUGGGUACAUUUAAAGAUUUAUGUAAUGAUGACUUUUCUUCACAGUACAUACAAAGAACGUCUACAGGAAGGCUACAGGGCCCUGCAGACUGGAGACCUGGACACAGCAGAACAAAGCUUUGCAGCUGCGCUCAAGUCCGUUCAUGUCGACGGUCAACACAGGAAGGAGGCAGAGCCCCUGUACAAGUUGGGCCAGGUCUAUCUGAAGAGAGGAAUUCAGUCAAAGAACGGGGGUGAUUUCACCAAGGCUGUAGCACUCUGUAAUGCAGCACUGGUAAGGUCAGGAAGAGAAUAUGUAAAGAACACAAUCCAGGAAAUACCUGGAAUAUUUGUGAAUAAAGUCCUAAAGAUAGAACAGAAGGUAGACAGUAAUGAUACAGAGAAACACAAAUUGAUGUUGAAGGCUGAUAGGGACUAUGUAGAAAAGGAGAUCAAAAGAAUAGAACAAGAGUUAGAUCCAUAUAGCAUUGAUGAAAAUGACCCAAAGAUAAAAGAGGUAGAGAUGAAGAGAGUGGAAGCGAUCAAAGAAUUGUUUCAGAAACUUGUUGAUCAGCGUAAAACAUUCAUAGCUGGUCUUGUAGAUGAAUGCAUGGAGGUAAUGGGGCCCCCUCCCUGUAAGUACGCCAUGAUAGGUUUGGGUUCACAAGCCACUGGGUUGGUAACUCCAUACUCUGAUCUGGAGUUUGCCAUUUUGGUACAGGAGGAAAGCGAGAAUAAUGCUAGUUAUUUCCGCAACCUCACCCAUUAUCUGCAUCUGAAAGUGAUCAAUCUGGGAGAGACCAUUCUCCCUGCCAUGGGGAUAAAAUCUCUUAAUGAUUUCUAUUCAAAUGACCCACUGGCCAACUGGUACUAUGAUUCUGUAACACCGCGCGGUUUUGCUUUCGAUGGAGCCAUGCCACAUGCAUGUAAGACUCCCUUGGGCAGGGGUAGAAACAACACAGGAACAAGCGAACUCAUCCACACACCAAGCAAUAUGACAAACGUAUUGACAGACGACAUUACGUUCCAUCUAAAGAAAGGCUACCAUCUCGCUAGCAUACUCGGAAAUGUGGCUUUCAUCACAGGAGACCAGGGCUUGGUCGAUGAGUACAGGUCGUUAUGGACACAGCAACAUCAAGACAAUAAUGGGGAUGUUCUACGGGUAAUGGCAAAUACUUUACUGAUUGAUAAUGUAUCAAUGUUCCAAACUCAGCCCCUUACUGCCGAACUGUUAAAUGUUAAGAAAGAAAUCUAUCGGUUUUCGAGCCUUGCAGUGUCUCUUUUGGCUCUACUUAAUAACAUACAACCGACCACAAUCUGGGAGACUAUUCAGAAGCUGAGGUACAGAGGAGUCGUCAGUAGUGAGAACGCACACCACUUGAUGGUGCUGGUCAGUAUCUCAGCAGAACUGAGGCUGCGGACAUACAUAAACAAUCGUGGUCAGGUGGAAAAUUUGUCAGCCUUGUCAUCAAUGUCGACUGAUACGGACAUUCAGGAGAAAGUGCAGAAAGUGUUUUACAUCUCAAAUACAAAACAGCUGAUGAGAUAUUAUUACACGGAAAGACCCCUGAGGCACUUCAUUUCACAGGUAACCGACCCUCAGCAAUUAAAAGAACCAUCAAUAUUCUUUGACAAUUCUUCAGAGCUAAAAGCAAAGGUAUAUGAAAGUCUCUGCAAUUUCGAAAACUUUAAGACAUGCGCGGAGAUAACGCUACAAAAUCAUUUGUUGAAAUAUGGUCAAACCACUGCACACAUGGAUAUUGCAGCCUCACUUUAUAUCUUCGCUUGUGCUUUGAAUAUUCUUGGUGAUCACAAGAAGGCUUUAAACUAUUACGAGCGGGCGCUUCAGAUGAUAUGGAGUAUUUAUGGUGAGGACACUGCACAUCCAGACAUCGCCGACUCACUUAACAGCUUAGGUUACACCUGCUGUAAACUCGGUGAUCACAGAAAGGCGGUUAGCUAUCUUGAACAAUCUCUACGGAUGAAGCGGACUAUAUAUGGGGAGGACACUGCGCAUCCUGUCAACGCCAUGACACUUAACAACUUAGGUAAAACCGGGAGUGACCUCGGCGAUCACAGAAGGGCGUUCAGUUAUUAUGAACAGCCACUACAGAUGUACCGGGGUAUCCUUGGAUGGGACACUGCACAUCGAAGCAUCGCCGACUCGCUUAUCAACUUGGGUAACACCUGGAGAGACCUCGGUGAUUACAGAAAGGCGUCCAGCUAUUAUGAACAGUCACUGCGGAUGUACCAAAGUAUCUAUGGGGAGAACACUGCACAUCCUGACAUCUCCUUAUCACUUAACAACUUAGGUAACACCUGGGGAGACGUCGGUGAUCACAGAAAGGCGAUCAGCUAUUAUAAGCAGUCACUGCAGAUGAACCAGUUUAUCUAUGGUGAGGACACUGCGCAUCCUGACAUCGCCCAAUCACUUAUCAACUUAGGUACUACCUGUUACGACCUUGGUGAUCGCAGAAAGGCGGUUAGCUAUUUUGAACAGGCACUACACAUGUACCGAAGUAUCUAUGGUAAGGACAAUGCACAUCCUCACAUAGCAAACUCUCUUAACAACUUGGGUGCCACGUGGGAUGACCUCGGUGAUCACAGAAAGGCUGCUGGCUAUUUUGAGCAGUCACUUCAGAUGAAGCAAGGUAUCUAUGGUAAGAACACUGCACAUCCUGACAUCGCCAAGUCGCUUAACAACUUGGGUAGCACCUGGAAUAACCUCGGUGAUCACAGAAAGGCGUUAAAUUAUUGUGAAAAGUCACUAAAGAUGUGGCGGAGUAUCUAUGGGGAGGACACUGCGCAUCCUGACAUCGCAAGGUCACUUAACAACUUGGGUAGGACCUGGGACAAUCUCGGUGAUCACAGAAAGGCGGUUAGCUAUUAUAAACUGGCAGUUCAGAUGAAUCGGAGUAUCUAUGAUGAGGACACUGCACAUCCUGACAUCGCGUCCUCACUUAGCAACUUGGGUAUCAGCUGGAGUAAUCUUGGUGAUCACAGAAAGGCUGCUGGCUAUUUUGAGCAGUCACUUCAGAUGAAGCAAGGUAUCUAUGGUGAGAACACUGCACAUCCUGACAUCGCCAAGUCGCUUAACAACUUGGGUAGCACCUGGAAUAACCUCGGUGAUCACAGAAAGGCGUUAAAUUAUUGUGAAAAGUCAUUAAAUAUGUGGCGGAGUAUCUAUGGGGAAGACACCGCUCAUCCUGUCAUUGCCGCCUCACUUAACAACUUGGGUAACACAUGGGACAACCUCGGUGAUCACAUAGAGGCGGUCAGCUAUUAUGAGCAGUCACUACAGAUGGAGAGGAGUAUCCUUGGUAAAGACACUGCACAUCCUGACAUCGCCGCCUCACUUAACCAAUUAGGUAACACCUGGGGCAAGCUUGGUAAUCAGGAGAAGGCCGUCAUUUAUUUUGAAGAGUCACUACAGAUGUACCAGAGUAUCUACGGUGAGGACACUGAACAUCCUCACAUCGCCGCCUCAUUUAACAACUUGGGUCGUGCCUGGUUGAACCUCGGUGAUCACCUAAAGGCGGCAAGCUAUUGUGAACUGACACUUCAUAUGUUCCAGAGUAUCUAUAAUAAGGACGCUGCACAUCCUGAAACCGCCGCCUUGCUUAACGAUUUGUGCGUCGCUUGGAGAGACCUCAGAUAUUACGGAAAUGCAGUAAACUAUCUUCUUCUGAGCAAACAAAUAAAACAGUAUAUUAAAACUUCAAAUAAAUAAUUAGCACAAACUUUUCAACCAAUAGAAGCUGUAAAUGACCUCUCCUAUCAAGAUAUGAUUUUACCAUACCUUGGCACUAUAAUAGUGUAACGAGUUUGUAAUGAAAGUUAAGGGUUUUAUUUUCUGUUCGGUUGCGAUAUGGGAUGUACGGCACUGUGAUCGACAGUAUUUGAUCCUCACUGCUGUUACAUUUAGGCGAUGUUUAGUUUGCUUUAAAGCUUUUUGCAUACAUGCGUUGACGAUUCAAUAAUGUACGAGGGUUUAUUACGAUCAAUAAAUAGUAGCCUUAUCCGAAAAUAAAAUGCACAACCAAAAAAAUCAGGCAUGCUUGUUGAAUAUAAAACAUUUUAUGCAUGUCUACCAAGAUCUAAUCAUUGUGAUCAUUAUUUUCAAUCAUUGUUAUGUUAGAUAAACCAGAGAAAACAACAAAUUUUAAUGAGCUAAAUCCUGAGUCUUGCGGGUCAACUUGCUGCACUGAAAAUUAGAAGUAAAUGGUAAUUAAAUAUUUCGACAACGUCUCAAUAAGUAGAUUUCAUUACACGAGAAACACGACUCACACAGGAAGAGAGGGGAUUUAAAUCACUUGGAAUUACUAGAGAUGACCUUGUCACCACAUAUAUGACUUUCAUUUGACCAACCUGUGAGUACGCAUUCCCCGUUCAGCAAACUGUUAGUACGCAGUCUAAAAUACUUUAACUGAAAACCGUUGACCUUAGACCGUUCGGAACUUCCAAGCUAUUCUAUGCGUCCACUACAUAUGCACAACCUACAAAGACGCUUGCCUGACUCUAGUCCUUAUAACGUCGGAAUAAAGACGUGAUUACCUAUGUGAGUCGGUCCCCAGGACACUCGUAGAAUUUAAUUACAAAUAAAAGUCAAAAUUUAAAUUACGAAAACUGUUCAAUCCAAUGCGCGCGUCGCGUGCACUACAAAGUUGUGACAUUUUAUGAGAUAAUAAACAAUUACUAGUAUUACAACAGUUCCUUGUUUCUGGGUUAGGGUCGAUGAUGUAUUGAUCACCCCUUUUAGUGUAGGGUAAGAAUUCUGUGAUUUGUUUUUUCUUUCUUUUAACGUCAUUUUUUAUGUAUGUAAAUCAUUACGAUUAGUAACUUCCUUGUAAAUAGGCGAUUAAUCACAAUUAAAGGGAAACUCACGGUAGAAAUUGCGAUUUUCUGAGUUCCCAUGAACAUUAUUUACCCUUUGCCAUUAGACAUGUUCUUUUUUCUUUGAUGUGAAAUAAAAAAAAAAAUGAGCAUGAGCCGUAAACAUUCCCAUUUUGCUUCAAGAUAGUGUAUCAGAACAUUUGCUACAAGUGUUGUUUGGUUUGUAUAUAUGUGUACUUUUAAUAUAUGUAUAUAGACGUUUUACCAGCUUGUUACAUACAAUUACAGAAGAACUGUGAUGACAUGUCAUGUGAUUUGUUGGUAUGUCAUGCAAAUAUUGAGAUAUAAAUGUAAAGGUUUAAGCUUAGAAAAUCAAGUUCAAUGCUAGGUGGUUGUAGGUGAGGCAGCAUUUGGUAAUAAGAUAUGUAACGGGAAACCUCGGAGAACGUGUGGAACUCCGUGUUUAAUUUGAUUUUGAAAUUUAAAAAAAAGUAUCAAUGAUAUAGAAGUCAUAGGAUAAUGGUAUUUUCUUAUAAAUCUGUUACAAUAAGAGCAUGAUAUAACAAUACG